CUGCGCAUGCGCUUUAUCUCACCUUUUCCGCAAACAUCAGUUUUGUGUUUACUUCCCUUUUUAAUGACUUAGUGUUUUAACCGACAUUUCUUCGUCAAAUGAGGGUCGACCAUUCGUAUGUGGUUGUAAUCGCGACCCUUUCCACGCUCGUUUCCCCCCGGUGUUGUCUAAAUGUGCGCCGGGAUGACACUCAGACCAAGUUGAACGGCUCCGCGGUUGAUUUCGACUCGUUCAGAGAGCAGUUUCUCCGCAUCUCUGAAGUCGGCAGAGAAGAAUUUCGCUUGCGCCAGCUCCAUUUUCAGAGUGCUACAAAGCGGCAUGCGUACCUGAAUUCAUUCUCCACAGCACCACAGUCUGCCAAAUACGGCAUCAACCAGUUCUCUGACCUCUCACAGAAGGAAUUCAGAGAUCUGUACCUGCGAGCAAGCGCUGACAGAGCUCCUCUCUUCCCUGGACUGAAGACACAGGGGCUCCCGGCCAAAUUUGACUGGAGAGACAAAGCAGUGGUGGCACCGGUCCAGAACCAAGAAGCAUGUGGGAGCUGUUGGGCAUUCAGCGUGGUCGGCGCAAUGCAGUCCGUCCAUGCGAUUGGGGGCUCCCAGCUGGUGCAGCUCAGUGUGCAGCAGGUUCUGGACUGCUCCUUUCAAAAUGAAGGCUGCAAUGGAGGCUCCCCAGUCCGGGCUCUGAAUUGGUUAAAGCAAACCAGAGUGAAACUGGUGCCUCAGUCAGAGUAUCCCUACAAGGCCGAGACAGGAAUCUGCCAUUUUUUCUCUCAGUCACACGGGGGUGUUUCUGUGAAGAACUUUACUGCACAUGAUUUCAGUGGUCAAGAGGAGGCCAUGAUGGGUCAGCUGGUGAAGCAUGGCCCCUUGGUUGCCAUCGUGGAUGCUGUAAGCUGGCAGGAUUACCUGGGUGGAAUCAUCCAGCACCACUGCUCCAGCCAAUGGUCUAACCAUGCUGUCCUGGUUGUUGGAUACAACACCACUGGUACAUGCUGUCACUGCACUGGCACGAGGGAUAUUCCGUACUGGAUUGUGCAGAACUCCUGGGGAUCCACAUGGGGGAACGAAGGUUAUGUUUAUAUAAAAAUUGGUGGUAACGUUUGUGGUAUUGCAGAUUCUGUGGCAGCAGUUUUUCUCUGACAGGAUCCCGUUCAUUCUUGUCUCUGUCAUUGAAUGUGUUUGUGUGAGUGACUGUUCACUGCUGCCAAAGUUUAAAUCUGUUUGUCUUCAAGUGUCACUUUAAAUAGUGUUUUUUUUUUUAUUAUUAUUAUU